AUGGUCAUUCCCCGCACUCCUGAACGGAGCGGGAAGGCGCUGUACCAUUUGAUUGACACGCUCAAUGAGCAGUUUGCGCUAGAAAUCCCGAAUCCACACAUCUACUCGCCGUCGGCUUCGACCGAUAAAAGUUCUCUACGAUGGCGGAGUUAUCGGGGGAUCCAGCGUGCUUAUUUCGACCGGACUGUUGACCUGGACCGGGUGCUGAGUGGCUUCGAGGAAUGGGUCUCUUCCCAGAUGCCACCGGUAGUUACUACCACCGGUCAUCGGAUGAGCCAUCAGACAGGCGCAGUAUCCGGAUUUUCGAAGAAAGAUCUCUUAACGGAAGGAAGCUAUGGACUGGUUUCCCAGAACGAGAGGGACGAGCGUUUGAGGUACUUGGUGAAACUAAUCGAUGACGAGCUUUAUCUAUCAGGCAAGGGCUCCUUUGUAUCCCACCUUGGGGGCAAUGAAACCCUCGUAGAAGAGGCACCGUGCUUGGAAUCUAGAAAGAGAAGAUUAUCGACAGAUGACGAAGAAUUCCACACGGCUCCCAAUUCUCCGGUUAAACGCACGCCUCCACUGCCAUCUGAUGAGUUUCAUGAUCCAGAAAUUGAGGGAUUGGAACUGAGCUCCAACAUGGCCGCUAACGACGACACGCGUGUUUCCAAAUCCCCUCAGAUCUCUAGCCCAGCAAAGGGCCCGUCAAAAUUUCUUGAGAAAUUGAUGGCUCCCGACAACUGCCGGCGAUACGACGCAGAGCCACCUACGAGAACCGGGCCUAACUUUAGCUUCACAUCAACAGUUCCCAAUACCUCAAUUGACGACACUCUGCUAAGUCAUUUUGAAACCUCCUUCGUCUCAAACGGCACAGACCUCACCGAGCCAAUGCCCGAUUCAGAAACGGUGUACGAGGGGUCGGACUUUGCACAUGUGCUGAGUCAAGAAAGACGAGCAGAGUUUGUGGCUCAAGUUUCUCUCACUGAGAUGUCACCCGCCCGCUUUUCAUUCGAGGGGGAGAUAAUGAGAGAGCUACUUGACCACGGGCCGUUCUCACCCGAGCAUUCCCUUUCUGGCUCCGUGCCGCUGCGGUAUCGAUAUGAGCUGGAAAGAAUAGGCCGAACCUGGAACGUUCCCCUCGAACGCAUGUUGGUUGGAAAUAAUAUCCCGUUCAAGUCCCGCGAAUCUUUCUGGAAGUGGAUUGGGACGCACAAUCAGCGCGGAGAUAACCCGCUCCCAGAGGAGUCUUCCAGCAAGGCCUGGGAUGCCGCCGUGGGGGAUUUCACAACGGACAAACAUUCCGAAGACGUUGCUCUUACCGGGGAUUUGGAGUGGUGCAGUGAGUCUGAGCCUGGUAUUCUCAAACUUAGAUUGAACUCUCUAAGAACAGAGAGGACGUGCCGCUUCCAUCGCCGCUUCGGGUCCGACCGAUUUCUCAGCCUGACGAUGCCUGCGCCGACUCGACCUCCUCGUCAUUUGCGAAUAACUGCAUAUCCUUCGCUUCUGCGGGAGAGCCUGGCUAUGUGGUUAACACAGAAUGUUCAUCGAUGUCUGGGUAGAACAUGGAGGCCUUUUUUCGUCGAAGAGGUUAAAUCAAAGCGCAAAAUGGCCGAGCCUUGGUUCAGGGUCGAAUUUUUUGCUAUCGACGGAAUCGACUUUCAUCAUGCGACUGUUCCUUGUUAUAUUGCUCCCAAGAACCAGGAAAGCACCAAUCGCACUGCGAUGAGUCUCGAAGCCCUCCUAGAUUGGCAUUUGUUUCGCGAAGCGAAUCUAGAUCAGACCAAUUGCAAACUAUACCAGCGACUAUCAUUAGGGCUAUCAAAGACAUUCACGACCGUAUCUUUGAGACCACAUCAGGUUCUCGAACUCAAGCACGAGCCUGGCCGUCCAGUCAUGAACGACGGCUGUGCUCUCAUGUCCAGGGCGCUGGCCAAUAAGGUCUGUGAUUCCCUGGGCAUAACCGGGAACACGCCCAGUUGUUUUCAAGGGCGAAUAGCAGGAGCAAAAGGCCUGUGGAUGGUGGACAAGCACAAUUCCCAGGUUUCGGCAGGUGGCGAUGAUGAUGACGUCUGGAUCCAGAUAUCCGACUCGCAGUUGAAGAUCAACCCCCAUCCGCAGACGUGGCAAGAUACUGUUGACGAGGAGCAGCUGACCUUCGAGGUGGUCAAAUGGUCCAAGCCAUUGCAUCCAGUGCUCUUGAACAUCCAAUUGCUGGCGAUCUUGGAGCAUGGCGGACACGUCAGAGAGCAUAUCGCCGAUCUCACUCGGCUGAGCAUCCAGUCAGUGUAUAAGGAUUUCGCCGAAGUGCUCCGAUCUGACAAUCCUGUGCUUUGCCGUAACCUAAUUCAAAAGAUUCGACCGUCAGCAGAUGAUGGUUCGAAGCUGCUGCUCCACAACGCUCGGCGCAUGGAACAAUGGAUGAUGAAUGAAUCCGAAACUCUGAUCCGGCUAACGGAAGCGGGCUUUACGCCGCGAAGCUUCUAUCCUCUGCGCCAACGGCUCGGGAGAUGCCUGCGAGAGGUAUUGGACCGGCAUGUGGAGGAGCUGCAUAUUGAGGUGCCGCUAUCCACUUAUGCCUUCUGCAUUGCAGAUCCGUACGGGGUUCUGAAAGACGAUGAAGUUCAUCUUGAAUUUUCGGGAAAUUGGCGGGAUGGCCAGGGUCAGUUCGAAGAUAAUCUCUUAGAUGGCAUGGAUGUCCUCGUCGGACGUCUCCCUGCCCACCUUCCUUCCGACAUUCAGCGUCGGAAAGCCGUGUGGAAGACGGAGCUCCGUCACUUCAAGGAUGUCAUCGUAUUUCCGUCAGUCGGGAAGAUUCCUCUGGCCCACAUGCUCUCUGGGGGAGACUACGACGGCGACACGCCAUGGAUUUGCUGGGACCAGAACAUUGUACGAAAUUUCUACAAUUCAGACAUGCCAGAAGUAGAGAGACUGCCGGAGUACUUUGGCGCCACGAAGCAUGCUGUGCCUAUGACGGAAAUCUCGACAUGGGAUGAAUUUCUCCUGAGCACGUUUACCUUCAACAUGACGUUGUCGAAUCUAGGUCGAUGCACCGUGGAGGGCGAGAAACUCGGAUACGACGAGGGAAUUGACUCGCCGAAUGCCAUCGAGCUUGGUAGUCUGCUCAGUCAUCUGGUGGAUGGACGCAAGAGCGGAGUACACCUGUCGAAGGCGGCAUGGCAGAAGUAUCGCAAGAAGAUUAGCCGCAAGGUCCGCGAGCUACCCGCGUAUAAAAACCCCGAUCGGAAGCCUAAGAUGUCGAACAUCAUCGACUAUCUGCAGUUCAAUGUGGCUCGGAAGGAACGCCAUUCCGUCUUGAGGCAGCUUGAAAGAGAGUUCCCUGAGCAUGAAAGCCGGAACACCAGGGACGAAGCUCUCGUGCAACCUUGGAAUGAGGCGCGAAGCCAAGCAGACCAGCAGGGCCGGGACGGACCGCUGGAUACCGUUCUCGAAACAGUCGCACGGGAACUCGACAGCCUUCGUGGCCAGUAUGGAAGCUCCUUCAGCGACGGCUCAUUCUCGGCCGCUACGACAGACAUCACGGAUCGUGCGAGUGCCCUUCCACCCCCUGCUAUCGGAGGCCACCCUUUGAACCAUGUCUGGCAACACAACGCGGACGCAUGGCAGCAAUUGCUUGCCUCGUAUACCUACAAGAAGCGCCCCUGGAGUACUUUCUGGCUGCAUGCAUUCGGUGAAGUCCUAUGCCAGAUCAAAGCAAACAGCCUGCCCUCGCGGACGGUGACCCACCAGGUGUUGUCAUGCUAUCGCGUCAACCCCAAGGUGGUCGCCCGGUUGAGUGCGCAAGAUGCGGUGGAAGAGGGCGAAGAGAGCGAGGACAAUGGAGAAUAUGAGGGACACGAAGCAAUCGAGGCCAUGCUGUUUGGAACGCAGAUGCACGCCCCGGGAGGAUAUUACGACCCUGACGAUUCGAUGUCGGUGGAAUAA